AUGACGGUCAAGCGCGAAUCCGACGACGAGCACCGCGGCGCCAAGCGCGUCAAGAUGGAAGAGUCCAACGGCGACGUCAAGCACGAGAGCAACCCGUACCUCAGCCACUGGAACGACUCCGCCGUCAAGAGCGAGCACGGCCUGGCCGGCCUGACGCGCCAUGCCACCACCUCCCAGCAGGCCAUGGCCGCCGAGGACGGUCCCAGCAACCCCUUCACCGGCCGCCCGCUGUCCUCCAAGUACAUGAGCAUCCUCAAGACGCGCCGCGACCUGCCCGUCCACCAGCAGCGCAACGAGUUCCUCAAGCUGUACCAGGAGUCGCAGAUCCUCGUCUUUGUCGGUGAGACGGGUUCUGGAAAGACGACCCAGAUCCCGCAGUUUGUGCUCUAUGACGACCUGCCCCAGCGCAGCGGCCAGAUGGUCGCCUGCACCCAGCCGCGUCGUGUCGCCGCCAUGUCCGUCGCCCAGCGUGUCGCCGACGAGAUGGACGUGACCCUCGGCGAGGAGGUUGGCUACACCAUCCGAUUCGACGACAAGACAGGGCCCAACACCAUCAUGAAGUACAUGACCGACGGCAUGCUGCUGCGCGAGGCCAUGCAUGACAACAACCUGUCGCGCUACAGCACCAUCAUCCUCGACGAGGCUCACGAGCGCACCCUGGCCACCGAUAUCCUGAUGGGCCUGCUGAAGGAGGUUGUGUUGCGCCGCAAGGACCUGAAGCUCAUCAUCAUGAGCGCCACCCUGGACGCCACCAAGUUCCAAAAGUACUUCCACAACGCCCCGCUGCUGGCCGUGCCCGGUCGCACUCAUCCCGUCGAGGUCUUCUACACCCCUGCUCCCGAGCGCGACUACGUCGAGGCUGCCCUUCGCACCGUUUUGCAGAUCCAUGCCACCGAGCCCGAGGGCGACAUACUGCUGUUCUUGACUGGUGAGGAGGAGAUUGAGGACGCCUGCAGAAAGAUCAGCCUGGAGUCCCAGGAUCUGUCCCGGGAAGGCAGCGCAGGUCCGCUGGUCGUCUACCCGCUGUACGGAUCCCUUCCGCCUGCACAGCAGCAGAAGAUCUUCAGCGCCGCCCCUCCACCGCUGACACCCGGCGGCCCCCCUGGCCGCAAGGUCAUUGUGUCCACCAACAUUGCCGAGACCUCGCUGACCAUCGAUGGCAUCGUGUACGUGGUCGACCCUGGCUUCAGCAAGCAAAAAGUCUACAACCCCCGCAUCCGAGUCGAGUCGCUGCUGGUUUCGCCCAUCUCCAAGGCCUCGGCCCAGCAGCGUGCUGGACGUGCUGGUCGAACACGGCCUGGAAAGUGCUUCCGUCUAUACACCGAGUCUGCGUUCAAGAAGGAACUCAUUGAGCAGACAUACCCUGAGAUUCUGCGAUCCAACUUGGCGAGCACUGUUCUUGAGCUCAAGAAACUGGGCGUCGACGAUCUGGUGCACUUCGACCUGAUGGAUCCUCCAGCACCAGAGACCCUUAUGCGCGCUCUGGAGGAGCUCAACUACCUCGCAUGUCUUGACGACGAGGGCGAGCUGACGACUCUUGGCCGGCUCGCAUCUGAGUUCCCGCUCGACCCUGCGCUGGCUGUCAUGCUGAUCACAUCGCCCGAGUUCUACUGCUCGAACGAGAUACUGUCUCUCACCGCACUCCUCUCUGUGCCCCAGGUCUUCGUUCGCCCAGCAGCCAACCGCAAGCGUGCUGACGAGAUGAAGGAGCUGUUCGCCCACCCCAAGGGCGACCACCUCACCAUGCUCAACGUGUACCAUGCUUUCAAGGGCGAGGACGCACAGGCGAACCCCAAGCAGUGGUGCCACGACCACUUCCUCUCAUACCGCGCCCUCCAGCAGGCAGACAACGUGCGUCUGCAGCUCAAGCGCAUAAUGGAGCGCUCCGAGCUUGAGCUCAUGUCGACACCUUUUGAGAACAAGAAGUACUACGAGAACAUCCAGCGCGCCCUCGUUGCCGGCUUCUUCAUGCAGGUCGCCAAGCGCGACGGCAACGGGAAACAGUACACAACCGUCAAGGACGAGCAGACCGUACUGCUGCAUCCCAGCACCGUGCUGGCCGAGGACAGCGAGUGGGUAGUCUACAACGAGUUUGUCCUCACAACGAAGAACUACAUCCGCACCGUGACCAGCGUGCGGCCGGAGUGGCUGAUGGACAUCUCGCCCAACUACUACGACCUGUCGACGUUCAAGAAGGGCGACAUCAAGACCGCGCUGCAGCGAGCGUCCACAAAGCUGUUACGCAAGGAAGCCGAGAAGGGGAGGAGGUAG